CACUGAUACGGUUUGACAAACUUUUGACAAGCAAAAGAAGAGGAGCAGGCUGCUAUAGGCCUAUUUCAUACGGGACUUCCUUUUACAGAAUCUAACAAUGCAAGUCAUGAAGUGAUGUUAGCCUUGAGCCACUACAACUCCACCAGCUCCCAGCUCCGUCCACGUCUCUGCAAUGACAGUGAAUGGAGCGUGGAGGCCAGGCUGGCUCUGGAUGUCCUUUCCCAACAGGGAAACUUCACUUUUGUGCGCCCCACGACCAGCGGAGUCAUCAUUGUUGUGCUGUCUAUGACUCUUGGUAUAGUCUCCAAUAUUGUGGCUUUGUUUAUUUUGGCCAAUGCGUAACUACAGCGAAGAAGAUCCAAAGCCACCUUCUUGUUGUUUGCCACUUCACUUGUUGUGACUGAUUUUAUUGGACAUUUGGUUCCUGGAACACUUGUUCUUAGACUAUAUCUUUCUGGAGGGGUGCGUCCAGAAAAUUACAGCACCACAGAUGGCAUGUGUCAGUUCUUAGGGGGCAGUAUGGUGUUUUUUGGCCUAUGCCCUUUGUUCCUUGGGUGUGCGAUGGCGGCAGAGCGUUGCCUAGGUGUGACCAAACCUCUUUUGCACUCAUCUUUGGUCACAACUACUCGAACCAAAGUCAGUCUGUGUAUAAUUUGGCUGGCUGCUUUGUCUGUAGCCUUGCUGCCCUGUUUUCAGUUAGGCUCUUACACCUAUCAGGACCCUGGGACGUGGUGCUUUAUAAAGGUUCUAAAUGACAUUGGAGAGGUGGAUGUAGCCUUUGUGGUGCUCUUCUCGGGAUUAGGGCUCACCUCACUGGCUGUGGCGCUGGUGUGUAAUACUGUAAGUGGACUGACGUUGGUUUUGGCACGACUGAGGAGGAGACCUAGAACACAUCCUUCAGCAAACUCUCACGACAUUGAGAUGGUGGUGCAGCUGCUCGGCAUCAUGAUCACAUCCUGCAUCUGCUGGAGAGACAUCAUCAAAAAGACCAAUGAGAGUCCUGUCAACAUAGCAAAAGGUGGCUACUUUGAGGAAAACAUAAUUCCGUAUAUCUUGCUUCAUGCUUGA